CGCUACGACAGUGCUUGUAGUGCAGUGAGGAGUGACGAGAAGACGAGAAAAUGAGAAAAUGAAUCUGGUCGCUGUCUACGCCUUGAUCCGUAUGCUUUGGGCAUUCCUGCCUCCGAGUCGGCUGGACGUCUCCCAAUUCGAGGUUCAUUCCUUGCCAGGCGUCCCUUCUUCUGCUCUUCCUACCAGCUGGGCCGGUCAGAUUCCUGUUCCUGAGACCGAACCCGGCAACUCGUUGUUCUUCUGGCUCUUCCAGGCCGAAGACCCUGCGCAUGAUGAUAACCUUAUCAUAUGGUUCAAUGGCGGGCCUGGAUGCUCGUCUCUGAUCGGACUGCUAUCGGGCAAUGGGCCAUUUGCCUUCGUUGGCAAUUCUACCGAGCUCGAGCGCAAUCCCCACUCCUGGACGCAGCUGGGACAUGUUCUGUAUAUCGACCAACCCGUGGGGACGGGAUUGUCCACGGCGAGUGAGCCCUAUCCACUGUCCGACAACGAGGGAGUGACUGCCUACCUCUACGCAUGGCUACAGUCUUUCUUCACCCACUUUCCUCAGCUCAGGUCCAAGCAGAUCCACCUGAUGGGCGAAUCCUACGCCGGUAUAUACAUCCCCUACCUUGCCUCAGCCAUUGUGCACCACCAGGCCUCCUUCCCGCUCCAUCUACGCUCCAUCUCGCUCGGGGAUGCGACAUUUGGCAACUCCGUCGCCAUGUCCACCAUCCCUACCGUAGCAUACAUGCGCUCCCAGCAAUCGCGCCUACAAAUUCCACCCGAGAUCCUCGACGCGUUCAUUGAAGGCGAUUCCAUCUGCAGAUUUGACCAAGUCCUCCACCAGGCCGCACAAUAUCCGCCCAAGGGACCCAUCCCCAUCCCCGAAGAGGCAGAGGACGAUAACGAGACACCAGACCAGCAGCAAACAUGCAGCAGUGACACCGCAGCAGCAGCAGCAAUGCAACCCCCUCUGACCACCCCCGAAGAAAUCCUCUCCUCCAUUCUGAACUCCACCACCUGCGACGGAUCUUGCGCGACAUUCUCCACAGCAUCACGAUACCUCUCCACCACCGCGCAGAACCACCAUCAGUGUUUUGACAUGUACGACAUCACCAACAACUGUACCACCCUCAACCCACUGCCCCUACUAUCUUCAUAUUUCAGCCGACCCGACGUCCAAGUUGCACUGAACCUGCUCCCUCCUUCUCCUUCCUCCCCUGUAUCAUUCCAACCUUCAUCAUCAUUAUCAUCAUCAUCAUCUCAAGCCUCGCAUCUUCCAUCCCCGGCAAACAGUCGCAAUUCCAAUCCGACCACCUCAGAGACCAAAAAGCAAUCUCUUCCCCCGUCUCCUUCUUCUUCCUCUUCCAUCCCCACCACUUCCCGCGCACAAGCCUAUCUCCCCUGCAACGACACCAUCCGCACUCUGGUCCUCAAAGACGGCCAACUGCCCCAACCGCCGGCGGACACCAUCCUCCCCGACCUCAUCACCACCCACCACAUCGCCCUCCACGUCUACGCCGGCGACAGCGACUUCCUCCUCAACCACUAUGGCAUCGAACUGGCCCUGCAGAAUAUGACCUGGCACGGCGGCCAGGGGUUCUCGCGCCCGUUCACCGGUAAUUAUUUCCAUGUAGACGAUGCGGGCUUCCUGCGUCAUACAAACCACUCCUCCUCCUUGUCCUCUGAUACCACCUGCCCUGCAGAUACCAGUAGCUGUGAUGACCCCUUAUCACCACCACCACCACCACCGGUGGCAGCGGGUCUCUGGACCUCCUCGCGAGGGGUCACCUACCAUCUCUUCUGGGGCGCAGGCCAUGCGGUGUUUGCUAAGAAGCCCCGGGAAAUGUUGGCUUUUGUGCGGGAUGUGGUUCUGGACUCUGCGCAAUGGGAUUGACAUGAUCGCAG